AUGGCUCAGUCGGCUCGCGCUCGUAUCUUACAUAUCCCGAAAGAAGACCAUGAAAUUCAUCUGGUCAUCAGUCCAUGGGAUGCUGCUGAUCGUCAAAGCGAAGAAGUACAAUCAAUACAUGCUUCUAGUCGUUCAAGACCACAUACAGCAUCAAAUCAUGAAUGUCAUAAUGAUUACAAAUUUCAAGCACCAUUUUCUGCUCGUUCGCUGAAAAAAGAUUCAUAUUGGUUAAUUGUUCGUCGAAAUUUACUUCGUAUUCGACUGAUGGAUCCCAGGAUGUGGCUGAGCAAUGAUACUGUAUCUAAGCCGUAUUUGUAUCUAGAGAUGAAACAUAAACUGAAACGUGCAUACCAAGAAAUUCAAAAUAUUGAUCAAGAAGUACAUUUUUGUGCUAUUCAAAGUUUUGCUUUGGCUUCUGAUAAAACACAUUGGAAGACAUACAAUACAAGUCAUGUUAAACCGACAGAUGCACUUGUCUUCGAUCAUUAUGGCGAAGAACCGUUGGCGCUACACAAUAUCCUUUAUUAUUUUAAUUCACAACCUGUACCUUACGGAACAGCCGUCUGGGAAUUUUUAAAAGGAGGCGUUACUGGCCUACAUACGGAAGGAAUGAGAACAUAUCGAGAGAAACGAUUAAGAAAGCUCGCUCGCAUAUUGGCUAUUGUUAUUAAUGGUGGUAUCGGUCUUAUGCUUUCCUUGAUGAUCAUCGGUGUAGUUACAACUGGUAUACAAAUGAUCAAUCAUGAAGUUGAAUAG